GCGCGGCGGGGGAAGAUGGCGGCGGCGGGCCGGUGGCGGGCCGGGCUGGCCCUGCUGGCCGUGGCGCUGGGGCUCGGCGGGACGGGGGCCGAGCAGACCGAGGAGCACCUCAAACGCGAGCACUCGCUGUCCAAGCCGUACCAGGGUGUGGGCUCGGCCAGCUCGGGGCUGUGGGACCUGCUGGGUAACGCCAUGGUCAUGACCCAGUUCAUCCGCCUGACUCCCGACGUGCAGAGCAAGCAGGGAGCCGUGUGGAACCGAGUGCCCUGUUACCUGCGGGACUGGGAGAUGCAGGUGCACUUCAAAAUCCACGGGCAAGGCAAGAAGAACCUGAACGGAGAUGGAUUCGCCAUCUGGUACACCAAGGACAGGAUGCAGCCAGGACCCGUGUUUGGGAGCAAGGACAACUUCCUGGGGCUGGGGGUGUUCGUGGACACCUAUCCCAACGAGGAGAAGCAGCAGGAGGCUCAGAAGAGGAGGUACAGCCCUGGAAACCAGCGCGUGUUCCCCUACAUCUCGGCCAUGGUGAACAACGGCUCGCUGACCUACGACCACGACCGCGACGGGCGCCCCACGGAGCUGGGCGGCUGCACGGCCAUGGUGAGGAACCUCAACCACGACACCUUCCUGGUGAUCCGCUACGUCAAGAGGCGGCUCACGGUGCUGAUCGACAUCGACGGCAAGCACGAGUGGAGGGACUGCAUCGACGUGCCCGGCGUGCGCCUGCCCCGCGGGUACUACUUUGGGACCUCCUCUGUCACCGGGGACCUGUCAGACAACCACGACAUCAUCUCGCUGAAGCUGUACCAGCUGACGGUGGAGCGGACGCCCGAGGAGGAGAAGCGGGACAGGGAAGUGUUCCUGCCCGUGGUGGACAACCUGAAACUGCCAGGAAUGGAGGCGCCCCUGGAGCCCAUGAGUGGCCUCGCCCUCUUCCUCAUCGUCUUCUUCUCGCUCGUGGCCAUCGUCUUCGCCAUCGUCAUCGGCAUCAUCGUCUACAACAAGUGGCAGGAGCAGAGCCGCAAACAUUUCUACUGACUGAGAGGUUCCUGGCCUGGCCCAUCCCGGCCUUCUGGUGGCCACAUCCCGACUCCCAGGGCGUGAGGGACCAGCCCUGGUGGCAGGGACCCCCCAAAUCCGGGUGGGGACCCCUUGCCUUCCCCGCUGGAGAGAGAGAGAAUUCCCAGUGCCUCCUCCUGUGAGCCCCCCACGGGCUGGGAGGAGCUGGGUGCUGCUGGUUCUCCCAGAGGGAGGAGUUUUCCUGCUUUUGGGGGGUCCCACUCGCCCUUUCCCAGCAUGUGGCUGCCCCUGCAUGCGGUGUCCUGGCUCCAGGGAGCCGGGGCCAUUCCUACCUCAGGGACUGCUGGCCACUCCUGCACCCCUGGAAGGGUCACUGGGUCCCCAGAGGGGUCAGCACAGGGGGAGGCUUGGAUCUGGGGUGCCCUGGGGACUCAGGGUUCCCUCCUCACCAGGAUCCAGGAGAGCCGAGUCCAGCCCUGCAGCUUUGCAGGAUAUUCCCACCCAAAACAAUUUCCCCCC